AUGACUGAAACCGAAGUUGCUGCCGCGGCUCCAGCUGCCUCUCCUGCCAAGGCCACCAAGAAACCAAAGGCCCUGAAGGGAGAUAAGAAGCCCAAGAAGCCAUCCACCCACCCGCCAGUCAACGACAUGGUUGUUGCCGCCAUCAAGGCCUUGAAGGAACGCAAGGGAUCGUCGCUGCAGGCCAUCAAGAAGUACAUCGCUGCCAACUACAAGUGUGAUGUGGCCAAGCUGUCGCCCUUCAUCAAGAAGGCCCUGAAGAGCGGUGUCGAGAAGGGAAAGUUCACCCAACCCAAGGGCACCGGUGCUUCCGGAUCGUUCAAGAUCAAGGCUGAGGAUAAGAAGCCAGCUGGCGAGAAGAAGAAGAAGGUCGCCGCCAAGAAGCCAAAGAAGGCCGCUGGUGAGAAGAAGACCGUGGCCAAGAAGCCAAAGGCCGCUGGCGCCAAGAAACCGAAAGCUGCUGCUGCUAAGAAGCCAAAGGCCGCCGCUGAGAAGAAGGCCAAGGCUGCCACGGCCAAGACCGCCAAGAAAGCCGGCACCGUUAAGAAGGCUGCUGCCCCCAAGAAGGCCGCUGCCAAGCCAAAGGCCGCUGCCAAGAAGCCUGUUGCCAAGAAGACUGUGGCCAAGAAGGCAGCCGCCAAGAAGUAAAUUGUCUCUGAAUUGAUCAAUUCAACUAAACCGACAGAAUCAGUCCUUUUCAGGACUACCAGUCAUGUUACACAAGAGUUUAAGAAACGAUUAUUUUUCAUUAUUUUGAUAGCAUAGUUUGAUAUUGGGUAGAACAAAUCCUAUCAAAAUUAUAGCUUUUCAAGAUAUGAGUGCUUCGGGAAAAAUUUCUAGUGGAAUGUCAAUCAACCGCAUUAUUUGCCAAAACCAUGCUCUUAUUUUGGUUUCCCAAAAAUUGGAUUCAAAUUUAUGGAUCUAUUAAGCGAAACUCAAUAAUGUACAGUUUAGGCCGUUGACUUCGAUGUCCGUGUUUCAUAAAAAGUAGUACGUAUAUCAAAAUAAGAUAUAAUCCUUUAU